AUGUUCUAUUCUGAAGAAUUACUGAGCAGAAAGAAUGGAGCAUUCAGCAUCGUGUGGCUCGUGGCGACCAUGGGUCAGGGGUCGAAAAAGAUCACCAGAAAGGACCUUCACAGUGUGGAUCUGCCCAAAACUUGCGAGUUGAUUGCAGAGCCUCCGGAGCCAAUGGCCUUACGACUGAGUGGGAAUCUCUUGGUCGGCGUCGCAAGGGUGUAUAAAGGCAACUACGAUGUUUUCUUCUCAGAUGUCACCGACUUCCACACCCAGCUCCGACGUUCUCUAACUGUUCAAGCCGCCUCGGCCGGUGUGCCAGCUGGAACGACUAGUAUCGACCUUCCUGGGGAGGGGAAGAGCCGCAUCGAUUAUAUCACGUUUGAAGAUCUAGAUCUUUCGUGGCAAAGUGUACUCAACACGGAAUUCGGCGGAAUCGACUGGAGGAGACCUCCCUCUAAGCGACCCGCUCGUGACGAAUCUCUUCUCGACUCGCUGCACGACCCGCAAGAGGGUGUUCAUGGUGGGGAAGAGAUGGAGGGUCCUCGGGCCAAGCGAGCUAAAAUCUCCGCGUCGCCCUUGGAAGCUCGAAGCAAACAUCAAACCGUUCGGCUCUCUCAACAGAGUCAGCUGAGCACUGGACAUUAUGAUGUAGAAUUCAAUUUUGGUCCGGACGAUGGGGGUGUCUUGGAUAUGACGACUGACAGCGUUGCCCUACCUGAGAUGCCCUCAAGUGAUCAGCCAGCUGACGGAGAGGUCGACAAUGGGGGAGACAUGGUCGGAGGAGGAGCGGUCUUUGGGGGAGAGAUGUUCGACGUGGAUCCAUUGGCCGAUAUCGAUGUCGUUGAGCGCGAGUUGGCACCUGAAGAGGGGCAUCUCGACGAUCAAACGGAGAAGGCAGAGGUUCCAAAGGCCAAAAAGCAGAAACGACUCGCCUUUGACAAGGAACUCGAACUCGACGAUCAUGCUUUCACGACCCGAGCAUAUGAUCAAAUGAUGGGAGCCGCUCGUGCGAACGCACUCGAAAUCGAAACGAGGAAAGCCACCAAGGCUCAGGUCGAUGAGCUGCUCGGUGGACCUAAUUGGCUCAAUUUCAUCAAUCCCGACAUGAGAGUCUUCUUUGCGGCCAUCACACACGUCGGCAAGUACCAGUGGCAGCUCGAAGCCGACUUUCGCAAAGUCCGAAGACCGUCCCCCGCUGUGCCUUCACCAAUGAUGUAUCCUGAUCAAGGUAAUCAGACAAUGGACACAUUCGAUGACUUUGGACCCGGAUUUGAUGAGCUUGUACUGCCUCAGGACACUGCACCUGCAACCGGGACGACUCAUCGUCAAGCCAGCGUGGAGAAUGCACGGGCUGAGUCGAAUGUAGGCCGGAACGAGCCAUUGCCGUGGCAGAUGAUGGCGCCCUCCAUUGGAGGCAGCGAAGCUCGUGUGCAUGACGGACUCACUACUAGCAGGAGAGGCAGUGCGCAUCUCCGUUACACCGUCAUGACUCCUCAAGAGAUCCGCAUCCGUCGAAACGUUCAAUCAUCAUCAGGAAAUAGGCCUUUUACCUCCUUUGAUGUCCGACAAGCAAGGUCAAGAUCUGCAUCUGUUCUGGCUCAGCGAAAUGGAGACCAAGACGUGAACAUGUUGAUCGGCGGCGACGAUGAUCACGGGGAACUGGACCUUCCGAGGGAGAGUCAGCUGGAUAUUACCGAGUCUCAAGCCAUGGCGCGAGACGUCCCGGAGGCAUUCCAACCAGAGAUGUUGGCAACCAUUGAGAAGCAGUGUCGAGACUUUCUGAGGUACAUUGAGUGCAGAUACGGUGCUGAUCCUAGCUUUGUCGAGGCUCGAUCCAAUGAUGGGGAGGACGAGAUUGAGCUGUCAGAGCUGAUUCCCGAGACCAGCUCCAAGGGUGUCGCGUCCAUUGGUUUCUACAACUGUCUCACUCUCGUCACCAAACGCCUCUUGAAAGUCGAGCAGCCCAGCGCGUGGGGACCCAUCACCAUCAGCCUUGCCACAUGA